AUGACCGAAGCGCGACGCCUAUUUGGAGAGAUUGCUGGGAGCUUGUUUGGUUAUGGGGAGAUAACACUUGCUGAUGUGGCGGAUCGUCUGAAGAGUGCCACCAAACAGGAUUCAAACAAGGAUGCGGGUACCGUGUCUCUGUUGCGUGACACUCAUGGAGACUUACCUACUCACCUUGCUUUCCAGGUGACUGGAUGGCUGACUGGUCUCUGGGACCCCUUACCGGACGUGUCCACCCCGUCCUUCCGGCUAACAGGACGCCUUCCACCCCGACGGCGAGCUGGCGUCCGGCCCGACCCGAUAAUUCGCAACACCAAACUUCCGAUCGAAAAUUGGCAAAACCAGCCUCUUCAUCGGGUUGCAGGCAGGUUUGGAAAAUUAUUCCCAAGUCCAGGUCUCUCCAUCCAGGACGACACGCUUGGAAGCCGAGAUGUUGAAUCCGCCUGCGUCACAGCAGCGUAUAUCUCAUGGCACAGUCUAAAGGAUAUAGUUGGUUUGACCCUCCAAUGGACGGCAACCUUGGGUCAACAUCUGGAGUACAACCAGCAGGAGAAAAAGCUUUAUGUCUUCAAGCAUCCAUCAGUCUGCUUGUUGCUUUGCCGUGAUGAACCGCAAACACUCCUCUCCGAUGUCUUCAUACAGCAACAGCGCGAGCAUGCAUCAAGCCAACCACUUGGUGUACUCCAAGGACUGGAGUUUGAAGGGUAUCUCGCGGAAGUUCUGCUUUCGUACCAAUUGAUCUUUGCACGCAACUCUGCGUCAAGAAAAAGCAUCAGGCGAAGACUUGCUGAGCUUGGAGAAGAGUGUGACCCUCUUUUGAAGACAUUAUGCACUGCGAACAAGGACAACCACGACGUGGCGCUGCUAUUUGCACAGCUCCAAGCAGAGCCGGCCGAAAAUUACGUGCCAAUCGUCGACUUCCCCUUCCUGGCAAGGAAGCUCAUUCAGCUACAUAAGCUGAGUAUGGGUCGUGAACCUCAUUCUUUCCGAAGACUGUGGAGGGAUCGUCGCAAUCUACUGGCUUGGUUUGCACUCUGGGCUGUACUAAUCAUCACUGCGCUGACCCUAGUGCUUCAGAUGUUGCAACUUGUCUUUCAGGUCCUUCAAAUCUGGUCACCAGCGUGA